AAAGUAGGAAUGAGAGCGGAGUUAAAGAUGUUCAGUAUAAAUAUCUGAGAGCAAGGAGAGCGAGCAUCAGUCCAAGAGUGGCGCUGAGGAGGAGACGAGGAGAGCACGGAAAAGGGGGAGAAGAGUGAAAGGAAACAACAAGAGCGAGACUAAAACCAAGGGGAACAGAGUGAAAGGACUAAAAGAGAAAACAGGAAGGAUACUUCUUCAAAGCACAAACUGGAAACCUUGAAAUAGACAUGGUUCACACAGCAGGAGGAGUGCUGUUGGCUUUUCUGUUGUUCCUGAGCGCCAGUGUGCCAUGUUUCUCUGUGUACAACAGUGGAGAGUGUUUCUUUAACACAAAAGGGAGCUGUGAACACAUGGGAAAGGUGUAUGAUAUUGGCGAGAGCUGGUUAACCAGCGACUGUUACCAGUGUGUUUGCAUGGAGCCCUUCGGAGUAGGAUGCUGUGACCAUGAAUCUAAACCUGUGGACUAUCCUGACUGGUGUGAGAUCAUCCGUAAACCGGACUCUUGUACAAGUGUUGCAGUGAUGAGGGUCAACAGAAAACUACCCUGCCUCUGGGGACGAGGCCGUCUCAGAACAGCCUCAGGGCAACCAUGGAAGUCUGACAAUGAUCCAAUAUUUUGAGUAUUAAGCAAAAUAUGACGAGAAAAUAGCAAUAAAGCAAUAUAUUAUGUUUAUUUUAAAAUCUGUUUAUUAAUAAUAUGGGUAUAAUUGUGGCAUAAGGUUUGUAAGUAUUCUAAAAUGUAAAACCCCUUAGGAAUCACAUUUUAGCUUUGUUUCUAUGUAUCAUUUAAUAUCUUUACUUGUACUGUUGUUGUUGCCACUGUCUGAGUGUUCCUUUUGUUAAUGGUUCAAGAUUUAUGACUGAAUAAAAUUGCAAGUCUAA